UGCUUUAAUCCUCUCCAUUACUACAAGCUCUUGCGUCAAAUCGGUCGGACGCUUCAACCGGUUCUGGCGCUUGGGCUGUAUGUAACCAGCGGAGGCCCCGCCUUUUCGACUCGCGGCGGCUGUCACGGAGUUGAGCAAGCGCCACAAAAGCCCCUGUCGUCGCCGCGGCUUUCCUGUUUUCCUCAGCCGCUCAGCAAAUUGCGCCUUUCUGUUCCGCUGCUGCUAUGGCCUCGGGGACUAGGCCUCUGCUAGGACACAUCUGCGUGGUGACCGGCGCCUCGCGGGGCAUCGGGAAAGGCGUCGCGCUGCAGCUGUCGGAAGCGGGCGCCACCGUCUAUAUCACGGCCCGGCACCGGGAAACUCUGGAGCAAGCGGCGGCGGAGGUGCAAAGCCGGGGCGGCAAGUGCGUGCCGGUGGUGUGCGACUCUACUCGAGAGGAAGACGUGGUGGCGUUGUUCCAGCGCGUCCGAGAGGAGCAAGCCGGCCGCUUGGAUGUUUUGGUCAACAGCGCUUUCUCCGCGGUGACUACCCUGUCCAAAGAGAUCGGGGUGCCGUUCUGGGAAAGCGAGCCGUCCCUCUGGGACCAGAUCAACAACGCCGGCCUGAGAGGCAACUAUUUCUGCACGGUUCAUGCCGCCCGGCUCAUGGUGCCCGCCGGGCGCGGUCUCAUUGUCAUCAUCUCCUCGCCCGGUGGGCUGCGGUACAUGUUCGACGUCCCGUACGGGGUGGGCAAAGCUGCCUGCGACCGCCUGGCGGCUGACUGUGGCGUCGAGCUGCACCCCUUCGGCGUGGCCUGCGUCUCCCUUUGGCCCGGGCUCGUUCGCACCGAACUGGUCAUGCAGCAAGCGGAGAAUGUCAAGAAACUAUUCACGGAUCUGCCGGAGCGGCUGGCGAACAAGGCAGAAAGUCCCGAAGUAAGCGGGAAAUGCGUGGUGGCCUUGGCUUCGGAUCCCCACGUCAUGAGGCACAGCGGCAAGGUGGUCCUCAGCCCAGACCUUGCCCGGCUCUACCGGUUUAAGGACGUGGAUGGGCGAGACGUCUAUAAUUAUGUUUCGGUUCGGGAAUGCCUUACCGAAUUGAUGCCCAAGCUGUCUUUCCUUCUCUGGUUCAUUCCCCGCUUUAUCACUUUCCCUAAGUGGGCUCUUGCUCUUUAUUCCAGCAAGUUUGCUAUCUACCCUCCCAUUCAGCCUGCGGAUUUUAAACCAGUUAAAAAAGACUGAUCCGUGUGGUGUACACCUUAGGUGCAUGUUUGGCAACAAGAUCAAGCUUUUGUGAAAAAAAUGAUUGUUUUGGUCAGUCGUUCUCCGACUGGUAAAUUAUUUCAGCUCUUAAAAAUCUGGAAGAGUGAGUUUUUGCAGGAAGGGGUUUUACCCUUCUAAAAACUCAUUUGAAGAAUUUGCUUGGGGAUUUCCCUCUGAAACAAAAGCUUUGGGAGACCAUUUCUUACUGUAAGAUCUGCUUCAUUGUUUCUGAGACAGCAUUAGCUGCAAAGUUACUUAACAUUUCUGUACUAUCUAAAAUGCAAGGUUUGGGGUUUAUCAAAGAAUCUUUCGCAUACUUGAAAAUGAUCCGAGCUACUUGCAACUAAGAAUACUGUAGUUAGAAGAUGUCAAGACACCUGGGAAAAAUGCUUUUUUCUUUUGCUUUUACCUAUGUUGAGCACAUUUAUAUACUCUGCCAGAGCCUGUUUGUAUCCCAGUCUUCUGUAUUUUGUUUCCAUAAAAACAAUUGUCAAUUUGAAUUGCCCUUGAUAUUAUGAAGCUUACUUAAAACAAAAACAAAAACUUUGAAAGAAAAGGGUUCCUCUCCUCCCUUCAAUUGAGUUUUGUCAGAUUCUUGGAGACUGGUGAAGUCCCAAGGUAAAGCUUGAGGGAGGAAAUCCUUUUAUCUGUGUCUUUUUCAGCCUUCAAAAAAUUCCAGAAUUCUGUUCAUUCCAAAGUCAAAUACUAACAGAAUUAGUCCUGAUGAAAGAAAAGCCUUUAGAGACAGUAGCUACUGUAUAUUAUGCCAUACAGGAUACUGAAAUCAGCAAAUAUUUGCAAAUGUAAUCAGAGCCAUAUCAGAACAAAGUUUACUAAAAACCAUUAUGAAACAGAUAAGGGAACAAAGUCCUGAAUAAGGGGUGCGUGUGUGUGUGUGGAAGAAACCCUCACUUUGUUCAGUUUGCUAUCUCUGUAUAAUUCCCAAAGAAGUAAUUUGUUCUUGUAGUGAAGGACAAGCUUGUUCUUUUCAUAAAUCAUUGUUUGUUCCUAAAAGGUCUGAGGAAGCUGAUGUGAUCCUUCUCAUAAAGUGCUUGCUUGCUUGCUAAGUUUUGUAUUCUGUUGAGAACACCCUGUGGCCACAAAUCAAUAAAACUUAAAAAGCACCA